AUGAAUAAACUAUUAACAAUCACUGAGCCAGAUAAUAUUAAGAAGCUUCCAAGCGUUUAUUUUCCAUCAGAUAAAGCCAGUAGAACUGCACACAUAGGCUCUAUGAAGCAAUAUGACGAGCUAUAUCGCGAAUCACUGCUGGAACCCGAAACUUUUUGGCUUAAAUAUGCGCUUAAAUAUUAUUGGGCCACUCCGCCUCCAAAAAACUCUAUUCUCAGAUACAACUUUGAUAUUCGUAAGGGUAAAAUAUCGGUUGAGUGGUUUGCUGGCGGAAAAACGAAUAUGUGUUUUAAUGCCCUUGAUCGUCACAUGCAGAAUAAUAGUCAAAAAAUUGCUUUUUAUUGGGAAGGAAAUUACCCUGGUGACAGAAAGUCGAUAACAUAUGAAAGUUUACUUCAUAAGGUAUGGUUUAUUAAUUCUGCCCAAUAUCUCACUUCUUUAUUUUCGCCUGUAAAAAUCUCUGAUUUACGUGCCGUCUGCCAUUUUGGCCAGUCCUUGCGGUAUUUAGGCAUUUCCAAAGGUGAUCGGGUCGCGAUUUACAUGCCUAUGGUGCUAGAGGCUAUCAUAGCAAUGCUUGCUUGUGCUCGGAUUGGUGCUGUUCAUUCAGUUAUAUUUGGAGGAUAUUCUGCCGACUCUUUAGCCCAGCGUAUUAUUGAUGCUGAGUAA